CGGAAGUGGUUGGAUUUGAUUGGUUUAUCGGGAAUCGUCCAAUGAGACGCGUGUGGGCGGGGCCUUCGGUGUCUGUAGAGAACCCGGUGUGAUCGUGGUGGCCGUGGAGAUGGCGAGUCUGUGGAUGGGAGAUAUCGAUGAGAACAUGAACGAGGCCUUCAUCACACAGGCCUUCCAGGCCAUGGGGGAGACCGUCCUCAGCAUCAAGAUCAUCCGCAACCGCUUCACCGGCGCACUUUCCGGUUACUGUUUCGUAGAAUUUCCCAGCCAAGCGUCGGCCUCCAGGUGCCUGACGAACGUAAACGGAAAACUGGUGCCCGGCGCCAACCCGCCCAAAAGAUUCAAGCUGAAGCACGCGCUUUAUACGAAGCCGCCGGACCCCAGCCCUCAGACAAGGAACCCGGCAGCAGAAUACGUGCAGGCGUUCAACUACUACACCCAGCAGUUCCAGCAGAUGUUCACCAACUGGAAGUACGACCAGAAAAAUAACAGCUACAUCUACCAACAGUACGGCUACACCGAAAACAGCUGGCCGGCUCCUGAAGAAUUGGAAGAGGAGGCAUUGGAAGACCCCAACCCCGAAGUGGACAUUGCCGAGGCCAACAGACAGUUCAUGGAGCAGAGCGAGGAGCUGUUCGAUGCCCUGACGAGCUGUCACUGGCAGCCGCUGGACACAGUCACCUCCAAAAUACCCUCUGACGUGUGACACCCCCCCCCCCCCCCCCUGCACCGGGAUACUGCAGUGCCCCCUCCUGCACCAUCGCUGAUCUCUCCAGGACUCUGUUAUAUGAUGGAGUUUCUCCUGUGUCCUCAUUGACACUGAAAUAUGAAGAUCGUCCCUAGGACUUCAUCUUAGUCCUGGAGUGACUGGAGAAGCAUGUGGUAAAUAGUAGACAUGAAUAAGAAGAGCGUAUGUGAAUCAGGAGGAUCAGGAUGAACAUCACUGCAGAUCCUGCCUCAGAUUGGAGAGUAACGGCUGCUGUGCUAGUUAAAGGGAUACUCCCUUUUUUUUGGUUGGGAAAACACAGGAUGUCCCUUUUAGAGAACUUCAGACAGUUGUUCUGCUACAGGGCAUGCUGGGUGUUGUAGUGUUGGGAGAUGUAUUUAUUGGAAGUGCAGGCUAUAGACCAGUGUUUCCCAACCAUGGUGCCUCUACCUGCUGCAAAACUACAACUCCCAUUGGCUGUCCGGGCAUGCUGGGAAUUGUAGUUUUGCAACAGCUGGAGGCACACUGAUUGGGAAACACCGCCUUAAAGGGGUACCCCACUGGAAAACAUUUUUUUUUUUUAUCAACUGGUGCCAGAAAGUUAAACAGAUUUGUAAAUUACUUCUAUUUAAAAAUCUUAAUCCUUCAUGUACGUAUAAGCUGCUGUAUGCUCCACAGGAAGUUAU